AUGUCAAAUUUCGAGCAAUUUUAUUCAGACUUUUACCAGUCCAAUUACACUAUAGAUAAUCAAGAAGAAGGUUACAGCAUUUACGGGUCUAAUGAAAAUCUUUAUGGAAGUGAAAAGAGCCCUCUACGAGACCAACCACAAGCUGAUACCUUCAUCCCUUCAGAAAUGCAUUUAUCUUCACAGAGUUAUUAUACGGGCCAGAUUUUGCAGCCCACAUACAGUCCCAACACUCUCUCGUACAUUGGUUAUGGUGACAGUUUUGAUGACGAACCUCCAUUGCUGGAAGAACUUGGGAUCAAUUUUGAUCACAUAUGGCAAAAGACAUUAACUGUGCUCAACCCAAUGAAGCCUGCAGAUGGCAGCAUUAUGAAUGAGACAGACCUCACUGGACCUAUAGUUUUCUGUCUGGCCCUUGGAGCAACGUUGCUGAUGGCAGGAAAAGUUCACUUUAGCUACGUGUAUGGCAUGAGUGCCAUUGGAUGCCUUGCCAUGUACACGCUCCUCAACCUGAUGAGCAUCACAGGAGUCUCACACGGUUGCGUUGCAAGUGUUCUGGGCUACUGCCUGCUGCCCAUAGUGAUCCUGUCUGGCUCUGCCGUCGUCUUCUCAUUACAGGGAACACUGGGAACRUUGUUAGCUCUGCUUGUUGUUGGAUGGUGCAGUCUGUCAGCCUCCAAAAUCUUUACCUCUGCAUUGGCUAUGGAAGGACAGCAGCUUCUUAUUGCAUACCCAUGUGCUUUACUUUAUGGACUUUUUGCACUUCUAACGGUUUUCUGA